UCCGGCCGGGGAGGCGCCGCGUUCCGCCCGGCCCCCGCCAGCCCCGAGGCGCCGCCGCCCACCCCUCGUCGUCCCGCCUCGUCCCGUCCCGUUCCCCUUGUCCCGGGCCGGGCGGCAGCGAGGGGAGUGCAGGAAGGAGCCAUGUCUCACGGGGCACGAGUGAUCCGCACCGGAGUGAGCAGCGGGGGGCCCGCGGCCCCGCCGCCUGCCACUGCCGCCUCGUCCUCAGCGGGCUCGGACGGGGAGCUCAUGGACGGCGCCUAUUUCCGCUCCUGCGCCGGCAUGCUGAAGGUGGCUCAGAUGAUCUCACUGCUGGUUGGCUUCAUCAGUGUAAAUCAUUCCCCAUGGACAGAUUACAGUGCAUACAGCUACUUUCAGAUUGUCACCAUGUGCGACUUGGUUAUGAUUCUGUUCUUCUACAUCAUCCACAUCUUCAGAAUCUACAGGAAGCUGAAUUGCGUUAGCUGGCCGCUUGCGGAGUUUCUUCAUUAUUUAAUUGGUACAAUUCUGCUUCUCAUUGCAUCGAUUGUAGCAGCAUCCAAGAGUUACAAUGUGACUGGACUUGUGGCUGGAGCGACUUUCGGGUUCCUAGCUACAAUCCUUUGUGUUUUAAGCCUAUGGUCAUCCUACAAGGUUUCGUGUAUCACUCAGUCGACAAAUGCAUCUGUAUGACUCCUUCAUCUCUGCAAGACGCCUGCCUUACAAAAUAGGAUACCAAAGAGGAGCAUCCACUACUGAAGAGAGCAUGGGUAUUUUGUUACUAGCCUGGACAGCCAGUAGCUUUUGAAGAUCUACUUGAAUGCCUAUGCAAAACAGUGUUGUGAACCAAAGGUUUUUUGCCCCCCACCCCCAGGAAGUUUAUCAUGGAGAACCUGCUUUUUAUGAGCUUUACAAAGACAACUUCUGUCUCACAUUCUGGGCAGUGGCCACUUCCAGCUAUUUGCAAUACGUGUAUUUAAAACUCAUAUGAAGAGUCAUUUGGUUAUCCCUUCAGAGGCAUAAAAAAAUGCUUCUGAUUUCCUCCAUCUGUUUACAGAAGGGAAAUCCUGCAAAUUCCUACCUAAUUCUUAAUUUCCAAGUAUGACUUGUUUAACGAAGGAGCUGUUACAAACUGAUUUGUGCCUGAAUAAGCUGACACAAGUCUUUGGUACCUUUUUAUCAGAACUGUGGACUUUUUCUAACAUCAGCUCAGGCAGCAUCACAAACUGUGAACUGCAACUUGAAUACAUCAGUGCAAACAGUCCCUCCUAGCCCAAAAAAUACAUGAUGAAAUCAGUUUUCUCCAUGAAUUUUUACACGUUAUCAACAAGAAUUGUUCUUAACAAUUUCCCUCUGCCAAAUCCAGGAUAAUGCCUACUCCAGAAUAUGUGUUUAAUAUUUUGUGGGAUCUUGCUGCUUUGACAUUGAUAUAGAGGAUGUUAAUAGAGGAUUAUUCCAAUAUAACUAUAUAACAAGCGAUUAUAAUGUUAUUCAUCUCAUAUUGACUACCUUUUAUUUCUUUAUCAUGUCCAACUUUAGCCUGCUUUUCUGCCCCCUGUCUUCAGAUGACAUAGUUUCUAUUUGGUCAGAAAUGGGUCGCUUUUUUAUUUUAAAUGACCUGAAUUGAACAUGUCACACAGGCUCUCUGGCUUAAGAGAACAGGCAUCCUUCCUUCUCAGCUAGAAAUACACUGUUGGCAAAGUCGAUGAUAGUUCAGGCUUCCUCGCCCUGACAGCACAGGAUCAGAUCCAAAGGAUGUAUGUGACAAAGGGCUUCAUGCUGGGCACUUGGAGCAAAAUUACCUGCAGAGGAAGGUGCACACACAGACACAUAUGUAAGUUUGGGGAUCUUUUUUGCAACAGGGGUGCUUGAUCAUCUAUUCUCUUACCAAGACUGACUUAACUGGAGUUUUUGGAAACGAGCACUCUGACUUUAAUUUGGACUGACAUGGCAGAUAUUUAAGGAUACAACCUCUUCUGUUUCCCCGGAGGAACAGGGCUCUAUUUUUCCUUCAUCUCCUGGGCUAUCGCCUCAGAUCAACAGUAGGCACCUUCCUACAAGCAUUAGGCUCCCUUGGUAUCCUGUGGGUAACCAGUGUCCUGCUGCACACGGUGUGACUGCAGCUGAGGCCUCAGCGCUGCGGCAGCAGUGGGGGGAGGCACCUGGUAAGGACUGGGGCUGAAGCCCGAGCUUGCUCUGGAGAAAAAGCUGUUUUCACUCUGCUGGAAUUAUGCCCUCUCUCCUGGCACUACACUGACAUCUUUUUUUCGGCCUCCCACAUCACUCUGACACUUGUCACCACGUGAGGAAAUAAAAACCAAUUAGGGGCAAUUUCCUGCAGUCUGACAAGCAAAGAAUUUAUGAACUGUGCUCUGUGAUCAUCCAAAGAAUUCAUUUUGCUGCAAGUGCACUUGUUUAUACUGGAUCAAGAGAAGUAAAUUACAAGUUUCCCUUUGUUUUUUGUGCCUAUCAACAUGUCUAAGGUAUGCCUGCAGCUUUUGCUGUUAUGACGGUGCUGGGUCCGUAGACCCACCAGAUGCUGUUAAUGCAGGAUGCUUUUAGGCUGGAAAACUGACAUCUUGGCUGCCAAAGCUUCCUCACUUCCCCCAAAUCCUCCCUGUGAAACAUGUCUACCAAGAAAUGCACAGGUUUUUUCUGGUAUCACCAGUUCUGUCGUGGGUCUUUGAGCGACAGCUCUGUCUGGCAGGGACUUUGGCACCUUGCUACUCUUGCUCUGCCAGCAAAAGUGUUUUAAAUUUCCUUCAGUGUCAACCUGGUUCUGAAAGCUCCAUCUGUCUGCAACUUUCUCAAGUGUGGGAUUCCAGCUGUUUUAGAAAUAAACUCUGCUUGCUGUUUGGAUGA